AUGAGACCACGACAGACCAGGCCAGGCCAUACCAAACCAAUGAUACCACAACAGACCAGACCAGGCCAUAUCCAACAAAUGAGACCACAACAGGCCAGACCAGGCGAUACCAAACCAAUGAGACCUCACCAGACCAGACCAGGCCAUACCAAACGAAAGAGGCAACACCAGGCCAGGCCAGGCCAUACCAAACCAAUCAGACCACAACAGGCCAGACCAAUGAGACAAGACCACACAAAACUGACGAGAUCAGAUCACAACAGACCAAUGAGAUCAGACCACACUAGACCAAUGAAACCAGGCCAUACCAAUCCAAUGAGACCACAACAGGCCAGACCAGGCCAUAGCAAACCAAUGAGACCACAACAGACCAGAUCAGGCCAUACCAAACCAAUGAGACCACAACAGGCCAGACCAGACCAGGCCAUAGCAAACCAAUGA